CCGCCCGUGGAGCCUUCCAGAAGUCGCCGGCAGAUCCGUGCGACUUGCAGCUCAGCAGCACUCUAGAUCAACAUCGUUAAAACUCGCGUUUCUAAGUACUGAGCACCUGUCGAGACUCUUAAAUCUACAGUCAAGAUGUCCACUCUGGGCACAUUGGCAUUUGAUGAAUAUGGCAGGCCCUUCAUCAUCAUUAAGGACCAGGACAAGAAGACUCGGCUAACGGGCAUUGACGCAUUGAAGUCUCACAUCAUGGCAGGGAAAGCAGUCGCUUCAACGCUGAAAACAUCCUUGGGACCUAAUGGUCUGGACAAAAUGAUGGUUGAUAAGGAUGGAGAAGUGACUGUCACUAACGAUGGAGCCACUAUUCUCAGCAUGAUGGAUGUGGACCACCAGAUCGCCAAACUUAUGGUGGAGCUGUCCAAGUCCCAAGAUGAUGAGAUUGGUGACGGGACCACCGGAGUUGUUGUGCUUGCUGGAGCACUGCUGGAGGAAGCAGAGCUGCUGCUGGACCGAGGAAUCCACCCCAUCAGGAUUUCCGAUGGCUAUGACCAAGCCGCACGUAUAGCCAUAGAGACGCUGGACAAGAUGGCUGAAAGUUUCCCCUGUGACCCCAACAACACUGAACCUCUCAUCCAAACUGCCAUGACAACGCUGGGAUCAAAAGUAAUUAACCGGUGCCACAGACAGAUGGCAGAGAUCGCAGUGAAUGCCAUCCUCACUGUGGCCGACAUGGAGAGAAAGGAUGUUGACUUUGAGCUCAUCAAGGUGGAGGGGAAAGUAGGAGGAAAGCUGGAGGACACACAGCUCAUCAAAGGGGUUGUAGUCGACAAGGAGUUCAGCCACCCUCAGAUGCCCAAGACUUUAAAGGAUGCUAAAAUUGCGAUUCUAACCUGCCCAUUUGAGCCCCCGAAGCCCAAGACCAAGCAUAAGUUGGAUGUCACCUCAGUUGAAGACUACAAAGCCCUUCAGAAAUAUGAGAAAGAGAAGUUUGAGGAGAUGAUCAAGCAGGUGAAAAGCACCGGUGCUAACUUGGCCAUCUGCCAGUGGGGCUUUGAUGAUGAGGCGAACCACCUUCUGCUGCAAAACGAGCUGCCUGCUGUGCGCUGGGUCGGGGGGCCAGAGAUUGAAUUGAUAGCGAUAGCCACUGGGGGGAGGAUCGUGCCGAGGUUCUGUGAGCUGACACCGGAGAAACUCGGUGCCGCCGGCUUGGUUAAGGAGAUCUCCUUCGGAACAACCAAGGACCAUAUGCUGGUGAUCACAGAAUGCAAAAACACCAGGGCCGUAACCAUUUUCAUCCGUGGUGGCAACAAAAUGAUCAUCGAGGAGGCCAAGCGUGCCCUUCAUGAUGCUCUGUGUGUAAUUCGCAAUUUGGUCAGAGACAACCGUGUUGUGUAUGGAGGCGGAGCAUCAGAAAUCGCAUGUGCCCUCGCUGUGAACCAGGCUGCAGAUAAGUGUCCAUCCUUGGAGCAAUAUGCCAUGAGGUCGUUCGCUGAUGCUCUAGAGGUCAUUCCGAUGGCACUGGCUGAAAACAGCGGACUGAGCCCCAUUCAGACUAUGGCUGAAGUCCGAGCCAGACAAGUCAAGGAAAACAACCCGUUCCUUGGCAUCGACUGUUUACACAAAAACACCAACGACAUGAAGCAGCAACAUGUGAUUGAAACCUUGAUUGGCAAGAAGCAGCAGAUCCUUUUGGCUACGCAGGUGGUUAAAAUGAUCCUUAAGAUAGACGACAUCCGAAACCCGGGAGAGAGUGAAGACUGAAGUUAAGCAGAUGUAGUUUGCUCUGCAGGAGGCGUUUCAGAGGUCUUAGGCACUUCCUCCAGCUCCAUGUCCACAUCAUAGUUGGUAUCGCUAUUUAUCGUUUGAUACAAAAUGUUCAAGCUUUAUUCGUUACACAGGCACCAAUAAAACGUUAAUCUGCUGAAA